CAAUGGGGAGAGUCAUAAACACACAACGAGCUCACACUCUGAAUUUAAGUACGCCUUCCCGCUAAAGCAACUCUCUUCUGAUUUUGGCGGCCAUGCUCGCACUGAUUUCUCUAAGAAAAUUUUCCACACAUUGCAAACCCAUUUCUUUCUCAACCUUUCAACGAUGUGGCUACGCUGCCCAAUCCCUCCAACACUCGACAUUCCACCCACAACUCCCCAACCCAGAAUUCGACUCCCACUCCUACGCAGCCACUCUCCAACACCACAUCAGAAACGCCGACUUCACUUCAGCAACGGCUCUUCACUCCCACAUUGUCAAGAAAGGCGCGUGCUUGGACUUGUUCGCCCACAACAUUCUCGCCAACAUGUACGUCAAAGCUGGCCUGGUCGACAAUGCACUCAAGGUGUUCGACGAAAUGCCCCACAGAAAUGUGAUUUCCUUUGUCACCUUAAUCCAGGGGCUUUCGGAGUCUCAGCGCUUCAAUGACGCUGUGGAGCUGUUCAGCAGGUUGCAUAGAGAAGGCCACGAGCUGAACCCGUUUGCGUUUACUAGCUUGUUGAAGUUGCUUGUGAAGAUGGGACAGGCUGAGCUGGUUUGGACUGUCCACGCUUGUGUUUAUAAGCUCGGACACGGCUGCAAUGCCUUUGUUGGAACUGCUCUCAUCGAUGCAUACUCUGUUUGCGGCGAGGUUGGGAUUACUAGGGACGUGUUUGAUGGGAUUGUUUGCAAGGAUAUGGUAGCUUGGUCUGGGAUGAUAGGGUGUUAUGCUGAGAAUGGCGGUUUUGGAGAGGCCGUUGACCUCUUUUGUCAAAUGAGGGUGGUUGGAUUUAGGCCUAAUAAUUAUACUUUUAGCGGUUUGCUUAAGGCCUGUCUCGGGUUAAAGGUGCUGGAUCAAGGGAAGUGUGUUCAUGGAUAUGUGAUAAAAUCGUGUUAUGAAAAGGAUUUAUAUGUGGGAAUUUCGCUGCUUGAUUUGUACACCACGUGUGGAGAUGUCAAUGAUGCUCGGAGGGUGUUUCAAGAGGUGCCCAAAAAUGAAGUGAUUCCUUGGACCCUCAUGGUUUCACGGUAUGCUCAGAGUGACCAAUGUGAAGAGGCGCUGGGCAUGUUCUGUUGGAUGAGGCGAGCUUUUGUUGCUCCCAAUGAAUUUACAUAUGCUAGUGUGCUGCAAGCUUGUGCAACCAUGGAGAGUUUAGUUUUCGGGAAGCAAAUCCAUUGUCAUGUACUUAAGGUUGGUCUGAACUCAGUUGUCUAUGUUUCAAAUGCACUCAUGGAUGUCUAUGCUAAAUGUGGACAGAUGGAGAACUCGAUGGAACUGUUUGUGGAAUCAUCGAACAGGAAUGAUGUGUCUUGGAACACGAUGAUUGUUGGUUAUGUCCAGUUAGGUGAUGGGGAGAAGGCGUUGACUUUGUUUUCAGAUAUGCUUAGAUGCCAAGUGCAAGCCACAGAAGUGACGUACUCUAGUGCUCUCAGAGCUUCUGCUAGUCUAGCAGCCUUGGAACCAGGACUUCAGAUUCAUUCAGUGACGCUUAAAACCCUAUAUGACAAGGAUACUGUAGUUGGUAAUUCUUUGAUAGACAUGUAUGCCAAGUGUGGGAGCAUCACAGAUGCUCGCUUGAUGUUCGACAAGAUGAAGCAGCAAGAUGAAGUUUCAUGGAAUGCAAUGAUCUCGGGAUAUUCUAUGCAUGGUCUCGGUAAGCAGGCUCUAAAACUUUUUGAAAUGAUGAAGGAAACAAAUUGCAAACCUAACAAGUUAACCUUUGUUGGUGUCCUUUCGGCAUGUAGCAAUGCAGGACUGUUAGACCAAGGACAUGCUUAUUUUAAUUCUAUGGUUGAGGACUACAACAUUGAACCAUGCAUGGAGCACUAUACUUGUAUGGUCUGGCUACUAGGGAGGUCAGGGCAGCUUGAUAAGGCUGUGAAGUUGAUUGACGAAAUUCCAUUUAAACCUAGUGCUAUGGUAUGGCGUGUUUUGCUUGGAGCUUGUGUUAUCCAUAAUGAUGUUGAGCUUGGAAGAAUUUCUGCCCAGCAUGUGCUCGAAAUGGAUCCCCAAGAUGAGUCUACGCAUGUGUUGUUGUCAAACUUAUACGCAACUGCGAAGAGGUGGGAUAAUGUGGCUUAUGUUAGGAAAAACAUGAAAAGAAAGGGAGUAAAGAAGGAGCCGGGCCUAAGUUGGAUUGAGAACCAGGGUACGGUUCAUUAUUUCACCGUGGGCGAUACUUCACAUCCUGACAUGAGACUGAUUAGUGGUAUGCUGGAAUGGUUGAAAAUGAGAACCUUUAAGGCAGGCCAUGUUCCCAAUUGUAAUGUUGUUAUGCUUGAUGUUCAUGAUGAUGAAAAGGUGCGCCUCUUGUGGGUACACAGUGAAAGAUUAGCUCUAGCAUUUGCGCUGGUUAGAACUCCAGCGGGGAGCCUCAUUCGUAUCAUAAAAAAUCUUCGGAUUUGUGUGGACUGCCAUGCCAUGAUGAAAUUGAUAUCAAAGCUCGUGCAGCGUGAAAUAAUUGUUAGAGAUAUGAAUCGGUUCCAUCACUUUCAAGAUGGGAUUUGCUCCUGUGAUGACUACUGGUGAUUGCUUUUUAUUGAGAUUCUGGUCUUUGAAGGUGAUUUCAUGACGUCUUCCCGUCGCACACACAGAAAUAGAAUGGGAUGCAUUCUCUCACAGGUGGUAGUGGAUUAGAACAAUGGUGGAUUAGGCAAUUCUACUGCAACUUGCUCCAUGGUAUCAGCACCAGGAGUCAAUGUUUUUAUCUGUUCCAAAGUUUAUGCAAACAGGUUUGAGGCUAGGAAUGGAAAUGUUAGCCUUUGGGUUAUAAUUUCUGUUUUGAUGAUAGACAUGCACUUCAUCCCUAACUAGUCUGAACAUUACUACUAUAAUAACAUGAUCUAUGACAUCUAGCCUCACAUAUUAUGCAUGUCCUUCAACUUGGCUGCUGCCUAUAUCUUAAUGGCUGAUCUUUGAUGUCAAAUCAGGGAAAUGACUAUACUGGCCAACCUUGUGAACAUUGUGGGGGUACAAGUCUUUGUGCACAUCUAUAUUACAAGAGCUAGUGAGCAUGGUAUAUAUCACAUGUUGAAAAUUUAUAUGGAUAGUUGGUGCAUAGAUUUUUUGGCAAGCCUGAACCAUGUUUUGUUUUGUUUAUUACAGGAAGAAUAUUGUGGAUUUGCUGCUUUUCUGUAACUAGCUGCCAAUCUUCAUUCUCUUCAGAGCGAAAGUAUGAAUCAGAGCUGGACAGAAAGGGAGUGAUGGUUCAUCAGCAGGUGUUAAGCAGUGUGUUCUGUUGCCAAACCAAGAGUUGAUCAAGGGAAAGAUAGUCUGACUUACAGAAGGCUAGACUUUCAGAAGAUCUCAUGCAUCACUUCUUUGGUAAUAGAUUUGAAUUUGGCUCCGGGAGUCUGGGUAAGCUCUCAAUACCUAUAUUGCAAUUCACACCAAUUCGCCAAAAUUUUUCCGCAUGUCCAAAAAUUAGUUGCUCACUUUUAUAAUUGCUUGAUUCUACAGAGCAGUGAAACUUUAACGUAGUUUCCAGUUUGUAUAGCUCUAAACUGAAACUUCAAGUAGCUUCACCGAAGUAUUUGGCAGUGGUCACUGAAAGUCUCCAUUAUGCUAUCAUUAUGUAUUCUCAUACUCAAAUUUAUGAUCAUCAAUCUGACUAACCUAUUUGAUGUUUUAACAGGAGGGGCCUAAAUUAACAAUCCUAUCUGAUUACUCAUUGCAGAAAUCAGUUGUUUAAAUCAUUUCAUCUUGUAAAUUCAAUGAUAAUUUGUAAGUCAUAGCGUGAAGAAAUUAUUAUCCGAUGGUUGAAAAAAUAUGGUCUUAACCUAUACUUGGGCCUUGUCUCAAGUUGUACGCGAGGCCGAAUCUAUACACUGAGAUUGCUUUGGACGCUGUCAUUGAUCUCUUAAGUAAACCUGAG